CACGUCAUUUCAUUCGUUGCUGCGUAUAUUGGUGGAGUUUCCCACUCACCGGCAGAAUUAUUUCAGUAAAGUUUUACCAUUUAACAAAGAUGUUCGUUGGUUCGGUGAAAAACUCAAUAAUUCGGAUCGACCUUACAUUUUAACUUACUUGCAACUUAAAAAAAAAAAAACGAAACUCUGCGAAGAGGAGCUGGUACCAUAAAAAUAUUUUCAACUUUGUCGGUGAAGCAUAAUUUCAUCCACCCAAUGGCUACUUCAUUCACGUACAUUGUCUUCUUCGGAUUUUAUCUGGUGUCAAUGGCGUUGCCUAAUUUCGGAUAUCUCGUUUUACUUCGCCAUCCUUCAACUGAUAAUGGGAGCGAAAUAAAGCUGACCUGCAUGACUGAGGACGACAACGCUGCUUUGAUUUGGAAUUACGAUCGGAAUAUCACCACUGGAAAUUUUCUGCCGAAAAAAUCGAUGCAGAUCGAUCCGUCCGAUUGUGCACUCCGGAACCUGAGCGGACAGUGUACCCUCGCAUGGGAAAAUUCAGAUGGCUGGGAUGUCGUCGAUUCCACGAUGCGACCCAUGGGUCCCGUUUUCGAUUAUCGUUGGGAAGAUUUCAGUGAAUUUACUUUCGAUGCCGCUAUGGAUUUUAAGCAACGAUAUACUUACGUUCGGAACGUUCAGGGUUCGAAAAGUGCCAUAGUUCUCUCUGUGCGAUCGUCGGAAGACGUAGACGUCCUUCUUUGCGCAACUAAAAAUCCAACCAGAGGUCCAUGCUUGUUGAUCGUCAUUGGGAGUUUCGAGCGAAACAAAUUUGCUAUUCGUACAUGUCCUACGGGGGUUCGCACAAGUGAUGAAUCCCAAGGCUUAGGAGCUUGCGCGGAAACUUCGUCUGUUGAGUUGAUUACAUCUCCGGAUUCUUGCAACCCGUUCGAAUGGCGUACCUUCACGAUAAAGUGGAGUGAUAAUGAUAAAUUCAUAAGAAUUUACAACGAAACUAACAAUAGACCCUUCCUAGAAGAGAAUUUCAAUAAAACGUACCACGUAUCUCAUUUAUCGGUGAGAAGCGGAUCCGGGUCGCGCGUUCGAUUUCAUUUCUACGAAUAUCUCCUUGCGAAAAAUGAAGAAGCGGUGUUAUUGUCACGGCCAUUCGUUCAAAAUGAUGAUAACGUCUGCGUGGAUAUUUCCGUUGGCCUUUGCCCCGAUUGCCAACUCAAUCUUAGCUUGUUGGACGAACGAGGCAAGCGGAUCGAGAUCGGGACCAUCGGUGGUAGCGAGAAUCCGACGAUGGACGGGUUGAUAACUUGGCAAACGGCAAAACUAAAUGUAACUUUGAAUAAAUCCCGAUCGGAUAAUCUACGAUUCGAAAUUACUACGAUCCUGAACGGCGACGUAAAUGAGGGUGGAUGGGCGAUUGACACCCUACGUCAAUGCAAAUCAGUCGGUUCUAUGAAGGAGUUGUCAACAAAAAUUCACGCAGAGGACACGCAAUCUUCGCUUUCAUUCGGAUGUCAAAAAUUAUCCUACAAUGAGAAUUUGAUAGUAAAUCUAUCCUCUUUCGAAACUUCUCGUGAUACAGACCGUUUAGUAAACUACCUCUACGAUCAGAAGGAUAUCUGUGGUUCUUCCUGUCCAAAUCUGGGAAAAGGAUGGGAAAUUUACGACCCAACCGGUCGCACUUGCGAUCGUGGAUUCAACGGCAGCGAAUGCAGCGAAGAAUGUAUCGGUGGAUACUACGGUUACAACUGCAUGGAAAAGCGCAACCCGGAUGACUGCAUAGGCAGAUACGACAAGAUAACGGGAUACUGUAAAAACGGCUGCUACGAUUCGGAGAAGUUGCCACCGCUUUGUAAAUCGACUAUCGAUAGAAUCUACUUUUUGGACAUCACGGAAACUACCGCAAAGGUACUCCUGGACUUCGAUAUCAAAGGAAUCGAGUUGACCGCAGUUUGGAUUGAUUUCAAGGAUUACGAAGGCAAUCGGAGGACCGCCAACGUCACGAAGUCAGAUAGUUCGGUUACUUACGAAACUAUUCUCACGAAUCUACUCCCUGAUAGUAAAUACGAAAUAAAACACUUAUAUUGGAGAACGACCGAAGCAGAUACGGAAUUCAAUACAACAUUGAACAGAAAGGACAACCGUUUGACGAAUAGUUUUCUCACUGCAUGUAAAGGAGGACAACUACGAUUUGAAAUUACACCACGCGAAAGAUGCUUAACUUUGAAUUCGUCCUGUGGGUACAGCCUUAACAUGACAUAUGAUAUAACAGUCAUGAUUGGAACAGUUGAGAUGUAUAAAAAAUCUACUAAUGAUUUCCCAUACGUUAUUGAAAAUCUGAUACCCGGCACUGAGUACCACGUGAUGAUCACUGUCGAUGGAGUCACGCACCUGGGAAAAAGGCUUCGAACUCUCAAUUCAGUGCCACCUGCUGUUUCAAAUUUGACAAUAUACGGAUAUGAUUCUGAUACCAAUUCGGUAUCCUUGCGAUGGCGACCACCCUUUCCCCCCUGCGGCGAAACUGAAACUUACCACGUGUUGAUCGGCUCUACGAAAAACGUGUCGGAAAUACAAUUGGGUCUUGUUUCGGACACGAAGUUCAAGUGCCGGUGGUGGGACGAUUACGUGUGCGCUGAACACUUGGAACUUCCUUCAAUUCCGGAAGCUGAAACUCUUUUACUGGUGCAGGUUUAUGCAACAAACAGAGGGGUAAGGACACCAGGCGAACCGGCGAAUGUUACGUUUUCCCUUCGUUCGUUGUAUAAGACACCGCCUUGCAAACCAGAAGAGUUGAUCGUGAAUCGGCAAGGUCACGGGAUCGUCGAUAUUCAGUGGAAACUUCCAUCCCUGAGUGGUAAAAAAAUUACAGGUUUUCGAAGUUACCUGCAGCUCCUGGAGACGGAUCUUCUGAAGCACCCCAGGACAAAGUUUCCGAUCACGAAUCACAUUCCCGUCGAACCGGAAAGAACCAUCUACAACGAAGAAUUACAUCUUCCAACCGCAUCGAAAUACCGCAUUCUCAUUUUUUCGGUAGACCGAUGGGAAGGGGAGAGCGCGGCCGCCGAAAAAAUCUUCACGGUACCGGCAUACAUUGCUUUUAGAAACAACGAAAAACUAGAAGUGACGUCAAACGAGACAUGGAUCGAAGUUAAAGUUCCUAAAUUAUUGAACGAAACUAAAAGCACAACUAUGCGAGUUGCGGUGGAACGAUUGUCCACGUGCGUUAAUGAUGACCCACGGGCAUUCGUUGAUUCUGCGGAGAAAUGGAUCGCUGCCGAUUAUCGGCCUGGAGUCCGUAGACCCGACGUUCUGAAGAUCGACAAAAGGGAUGAGCACGGUGACGCUUCGAACUGUAGCCAACUACUUGAAGAAAUUUACAACGUAAAAGUUAUUAUUAACGACGGAUACUCCGGAGUAUCGAAAAUUCUCUCCUGGCGAAGUAAAGACGUCAGUAAUGACGUUCGUCAGGACAAACGUGUAUAUUAUCUAAUGAUUACGCCGGCAAUAAUUCUGAUCGCAUGCCUGAUCACAGCCACAAUCCAUAAACUACGACGCAGAUCAAGGCCACCGGAAGGAUCGGUACUGUUGGAAUCGUAAUCUUCGAAUGUUCACAAUCACCUAAUCGAUCGCUGAUCGAAAACUCAAUUACACUUGUACGAUGCGAGGCAUUUCAAUGUCACGAUAAGUAAUAAAACUAGUAAAUUCGACGUA